AAAGAGGGCGGUCGACGCGGCGUUCGACGUCGUUUUCAGACUCUGGCGGAAUUUUUGCCAACUUCUCUCCCCGCGUCUCGUAUCUCAUCUACAUAAUGUAUUACGAGAUCGGGCUAUCGCAGCAUGUUGGGAAUUGCACGUUAGCCCAAUGUUUUUUCCCUCAAGCGUAAAUUCACGAAACAUAAAAGAUUGGUUUUGAAUUUUUUUCUCUAGUGGAUUUUUUCGAAAAGCGGAAUUUUUCGAAAAUGGAUAAGUUGUGAGGCGCUAAGUGACAGAAUUGUGUGACAGUGGAUUUCCAAAAAGCUCUGUUGAAGUGAUUUGUGAAAAAAAUUGAAAUUGUGAUUUUGUUACAAAGUACUUGGUGGUUGAAUUAGAAAUGUGCAAAUUAAAAAUUGGUCAUACCUAUUGAGAUAUUGGUUGGAUAAAGAAACUAAAGCAGAUUCACAAGAUGAUGCUAGAGCACUGGAGAAUUUUAUUUUUAGUCUACAUUAGUCCAGCUCUAGUUUUGUCGAUGGAUACAGCUCGGCGGGAUAGCUAUCAGCAACAGCAGCAGCAGAAGUAUUCGGAGUGGCGGCAAUUGUGGUAUCCGAAUUUCGAGGAGUUUUCGAGGGCGGAGGCGAUGGCCGGAGCAGAAAACAAUACAAUCACCAACGUAACGGUGCAACUGGGAGCUACUGCUUACCUCCAUUGCCACGUUAGGAGCACCGGAGAUAGGACCUUGGCCGGAGCAGAGCAAGUUUCCUGGGUUCGUCGAAGAGACUGGCAUAUCCUUUCAUCGGGGGUAUUUACGUAUACAAAUGAUGAACGGUUCCAAAUUUUACAUGCAGAAGGUUCUGAUGACUGGACGCUUCAAAUCAAGUAUGUACAGAAACGGGACAACGGUACAUAUGAAUGCCAGGUAUCAACAAGCCAAGGUCUUAUUUCGCAUUUCGUGAAUCUGCAAAUCGUAGUUCCUGAAGCCACCAUACAGGGUACUAGGUCAGGAGAACAUCAUGUAGAUAUUGGAAGCAUUAUUGAUCUUGUGUGUAUAAUUGAAAGGAGUCCCACUCCUCCUCAGUAUGUGUUUUGGUAUCAUAACGAUCACAUGAUUAACUAUGACACAGCAAGAGGAGGAAUCUCGGUGGAAACGGUUCCGGGACCAAGAACACAAAGCAGAUUAACCAUCAGAGAUACGAAUGAUGCAGAUUCAGGAAAUUAUACUUGCUCUGCUUCAAACACGGAACCAGCUUCCAUUUACGUAUUUGUCUCAGAAGGAGACAAUGUCGAUGCAAUUCUGAUGAGGAAAUCAUGCGCCAUGUGCAUAACCAGCCAAAUUGCUAUAAUCCUGAUCAGUAUGAUGACAUCAGCAAUGCGAUAGAAGACUUUAUGAUCAAGGAGUAAACAAAAACUUAUGUGAUGUGAAUAACUUUUAUUUAUAAGUGAUAAAGACUUACUACUAUCUAUAUUAAAUACCACUGUUAUGUAUAAAUAAUUAAUGAAAGACUUUUUACCACUAGCAAAAUAAAUCAUAAACCUUCUGGUUAGCUGUUUAAAACUUAAGAGAAAAGGCGCAAAAUGUCACGUGUCAAAAGUUUCAAUGUGUUUUAAAUGUAUUCAUUUUUUUCGAAUCAUGAGAAAACUAAUAAGUAUUUUUAAAAAAUUUAAACGCAGUAUGAAAGAUUACGUUAUUAUCGAGGGCCAAAAGUCCCUUAGAAUAAACAAAAUGUUUGGUUUGUGUAAAAUGUUAGGCAAUUAAAUAUCACUCUAAAUUUUCUUUUUUAUUUUCACCCCUGUAAUUUAUUAAACUAAACAUUAUAGAAGUUUUCAGCACUUUCGACCCUCGGUAAUAAUGCAAUAUUUAAUUCUGCGUUUAAAUUUUUCAAAAAUAUUUAUUCAUUUUCUCAGGAUUCUUAAAAAAUUAAUACAUUUAAAACACAUUGAACAUUUUGAGAGGCGACAUUUUGCCCCUAUGCCCCUAAGCUUUUUAUUUUAAUAAUGUUUUAUUAUAAGUUAGACACUAUUUAAAAUUGUAUACUUUAUUGUUUGUUUUAAUUGUCUGUCGGUAUAAUUACAGAAAAGAGAACAUGUUAUUACUAGCUAAAAUAA